UGAGUUCCGUAGCAGUUUUGGAUGAAGCCACGGCCACAAUUUGUCUCAAGGAAGGGGCGGCCCAGACGGCGUUGCAAAGAACGUCUCUGCGCGUGGGGCAGCCAUCGGGUUCGCCAUGGCUGCGAGCUCUGACCAGCAAGCAGUUUGGGCGCGCGUGGGUCGCUUGUGCGAGAACCACGGGUGCGUGCUGUCGACUCUUGGUGUAUUCGUGGCUGUAGCCUUUCGAUGUGCGGUCGCAGUGUCCCCCCAUUCGGGCGAGGCCACCCCGCCGAUGUUCGGCGAUUACGAGGCGCAGCGGCACUGGAUGGAGAUCACGACCGCGUUGCCCGCCCUGGAGUGGUACGAGAACACCACGGACAACGACCUCCUGUACUGGGGGUUGGACUACCCCCCGCUGACCGCGUAUCAUUCCCUGACUCUUGGCCAGGUGGGGCACGCACUCGUGCCCGAGUGCUUCGCGCUGUCGGCGAGCCGCGGGCACGAGAGCGUGGCCUGCAAGCUCUUCAUGCGUGCCUCGGUGGUGCUGUCCGACCUGCUGGUGUACCUGCCCGGCUGCGCCUGCGCCGUGGGCGGCUUCGCCCACGAGAAGGAGACGUCGGCGGCGCGCACGGCUGCUUUGCUGAGCCUGUGGCUGCUGCCGCCGCUCGUCCUCAUCGACCACGGCCACUUCCAGUACAACGGCGUGUGCUUCGGGCUGUGCUUGGCGGCCGCGGGCUGCGUUGCCAGGGGCCGCGUGCUGCUGGGCAGCGUGCUCUUCACCUCGGGGUUGUUGUUCAAGCAGAUCGCGCUGUACUACGCGCCCGCGUUCUUCUUCGGCAUCCUGGCCCACUGCCUUCAGCGGGGUCCCCGCGGCCUGCUGCCAGCAGUCUGGCGCGUGGGCGUCACCGGCGCCGUGGUGCUCGCCACGGCCUCGGCCAUUUUCUCGCCCUGGCUGCUGGGACCUUGGCUGCUGACAGAGGGCGCCCGUCCGCAGGCGGGCGCGCUUGGGGCGGCUGGCCAGGUGCUGCGCCGGAUGUUUCCGUUCGGUCGUGGCCUCUACGAGGACAAGGUGGCCAACGUGUGGUGUUCCAUCUCCGUGGUGGUGAAGCUGCACAGGCUGCUGCAGCCCGAGCGCGUGCCGCUGGCAUGCGCCGGGGUCACCCUCGCGGCGCUGCUGCCAACCUGCGCCUGCUGCCUCCGGACAGGCGCCUCCACGGCCGACGGCGGCUCCAGACCUUCCCCCGCAGCGUUCGCGGCGGCGCUCGCUGCCUCGGCCUUCGCAUUCUUCCUCUUCGCGUUCCAGGUGCACGAGAAGGCGAUCCUCUUCCCAUGCGUGGCCGCCUGCCUGCUGCCCCUGGCGCUCGGGCCACAGCGGCGGCCAGCGUGGGCCCCGGCGCUGCUCUGCCACCUGGUGCUGGCCUGCAACUUCUCCAUGUUCCCGCUCGUCGUGAAGGAUAAGCUCAUCAAGGUGUACGCGGCGCAGUGCCUUGCCCUCGUAGCACUCUGCGAGGCCCUGCCAGCCCCUGGCGCGCUGCGGGCGGCCUUCCGCGGCUGCUACGUGCUGGCGGUGCUGCUGCAUUGCGUGCACGCGCUGGUGGCGCCACCUGCGAGGUACCCAGACGCCUGGACCCUGCUCAUCACGGGGUCCAGCUGCGGCUACUUCGUCCUGUGCCUGGGGGCCCUGACGGUGGCCCAGCUGCGCGGCGUAUUUGACCACGGCUGGCAGGGGCGAGGCCAGAAGGAGGAGUGACGCUCGCCCGACCGGGAGUGCGCGUGCGAGUGCCUGGCGCCCACGCCGCCUGGGCGCCAUCCCAGCGCGCCUCUAGUGGCGGGACGAGUCCUUGGAGAAGCGGUCCGCUCGUCCUGUAUGAAUGAGCCUGGCGCGACGACAAUGAGGGGCACGCCUUGUGGAAAGGGCAUACGCGUGCAAUGGAGGGCAAUGGCGUAGCAACACUGCAAACAACACGACCUGGGGGCUGCUGGGGCCAGCCUCCGGGCGUUGCCUUUGAGCAGCCCUCAGCCCUGGACAUCCGCUGGUUCGUUCUUCUUAGAGACGUGCUCCCCAUGGACAUCUCGGGUUUUGUUAUUCAUCUUCUGUGGUUCGC